AUAUGUCCUAGCAUCGAUUGCAGCGGAAUAACUUGGUAGGUGACUAGGUCACUAAUUUGCUAGUUUGUUUUCUUCUUUGGAUAGAAGAAGUAAGCCUCAUUAAGCAUAGUCAGACUUUGUACCCUUUCUCUCACAGGUUUCGAUUUUAAGUAUGCAUAAAUCGUGAGUUUUGAUAUCAUCAACGCCCAAAAAGUCCUAUCUACUCAUGAUUUUACUGGAAGUCUGCGUAUUCUACGUUUGUGAGUAGGAUUAUUUGUCCUUAAAUCUAGCAACCAUAGUUGUUUUCAGUAGGCUAGGAGCUUUUUGUGACUCUCAUCGGAUCUCUAGGACUAGCCGUGUACAGAUAUUGGAUCCACCUUCCACUCUCAAAGUUAUUAUUAGUCUAAGAGGUCGUUGAAUUAUGGACCAUGAAGAAGAAAGGUACAAAAUUUAAGUGUAAAUACGGUGAGACUAUUAUUUAUGGACGAACUAUUCAUGUAUAAGACAACAGGUCUCGGAUGUCCACUUAUUCAUUUGGAUAAAUAUAGUUUUGACAUUAUAGCUGAUGUCAGUUCGUGAUGAAAACCCUAAGUCUAAUUUUUAACCUUAGCCAUCAACUGAAUCAUGAUUCUUACACUUCAAACUGCUUUAUAAACUACAUUUAGCCCUAGUAACUAGAUAGUCACUCCCAAGGUCAUUUUAGCAUCUCUCAAAGGUCGUUCAUAAAUUAGUCUCACCGACUUACAAAUAGAGUGAUAUCACUCUGUUUUGCCUCAAUAGCACGCAGAUUUUAGGGGGGGGUAGCUUAAAUCUAAUUUUCAGAAAAGUUCUUCGGUAAGAUCUAACAUAGAAUGUUUUUUCGUUGCUCCAUUUUGUGCAGGUGAAUAUAUACUAGGUUAUUAACGUGUCGGUUGAUCCCGUUCUCCAUAUUUCUGUUACAUGUACCUAUAUCAGUAAUAAAUUCUGAUCUAAGGCACCUGUAUAAUACAGAAACUGUAGAUAUGUGCCUAUUGGCUUCCUGUUUCUUCAGUUUUUCAUAAAUGGAUUGUAGUCAAGAUAAUCCAAAUUUUUUAUUUAUGUUGUCUCAGUACCUUUCAGUUAAAAGCUGUGAAUAUGUCUGCUAUCACAUUGAUUGUCCUCGUGCCUUCAGCUUCUACACUUAAGUAUACCGCAACAUAUCACGGAUCAACGUUUUUCAAUAUUUUUCACCAACACCCAAGCUCGAGCACUAUUAUGUACUAUAACCUGGUAUUAAAUGGUUUUUCAACUUAGAUUGACUUGUGAUCUUAAUAAAGCUUCAACCAGUAGCAAUAUUGUAUACCGGAAUCCUACCAAAUUCAUUGACGAUGUGGUUUUGAUUCAUCUAAAGUCUGUAUAAAAUACCCUACAACUUAUUUUGUCCCAGAACAUAAUUUAAGUAGGUUAAUAUCAUCAUGUGCUCUUCUGAUAUCAAAGUUACAUACAGGCGUUAUAUUCAAAACUGUAAUUCACUAAUGAGUAUUAGCAAAAGGUAACGUGUUUCCUACUGAUACAUAGUUACAAAGCGGCUUCAAACUUCAAAAAAUCAUCCUAGUAUAAGACGUCUAUGAUUUUUUUCACAAACUCUUGUCUUUUAUCAACUUGUAAAAUUUCAAUCAACUCACCUGAAAACCAGUAUGAUGAAGAGUUAUCAUCUAUGAGCUUUUGCAUUAUUGUGAAUUAGUGUAGGCUUGGUAAUUGAAGAAUUCGAAGUUUAACUAAUAGCUUGAUGUUUCGUCCAUAAUUUGUAAUCUCAUCGGUAUUCUUAAACCAGAUCAUAUUCAUAGAUUGCAAAAAUUACAUCCUUUAUCAUCUCACAGUACGCUUGUCAAACCUUUAAAUAUAAUCUCAAUAAACUAUGUAAAGAUUAUUGGUUGUAGGAAUGAUAUCACUUUAGUAGUUCAUAGAUUUUCAAAAACAUGGGGGAAACAAAAUUCCAGAAAUAGGCCGGUUUUUGUUUUUAGUCCAUCGUCAGAUGUUUUUUUGAAAGGCAGAAUCCGCAACUUUAUUUAUUUGAACACAAAUAUUGGUACAUGGAGGCAUCGGAUACAUAUGCUUCAAACAAUAAUAAUGGGAAUGGGAAAAGAUGAUGUAAGGUGCGUACAAAAAAGGGGAACAAUAACAAAUAGAAAUAAGUGUAUGAUGGUGAAAAAAUAAUAAUAACAAUAAUAAUAAGAGAAGCAGUUCACUUAGCAAAGGUAUGACCAGAAAGAAUUCCAUCUAAAAAAGUUACGCACAUUUUUUAUGAAGAAAGUAAAAGAAGGUUACAGCAGGAUCGCCACUGGCUUCUAUUCUGAGCCAUAUCUGACAAAGUCUCUAGCCACUGCGUUGCACCAUCUCUAGGACACCAACCAAGGAGUCGUGAAGGACCAGCACAAGCCAGUCCUAUGCGGCUUUCUUUCAUACCACGACACCAUGUCAUACACUGACCACCUCCCCGCCUUUUCCAACCAGUCCCAGUGACGGUAAAUAAUGCACGACGUGGAACUCUCUGAGACGACAUUCGUAGAACAUGUCCAAGCCACUGAAGUCGAUAUUUCAAGAUGGUGACACCAAUUGAAUUAUCGUCUCUGCGCCCAAAUACACGAUGCCAUACCUCUGCAUUACUAACAUGGUGUUGCCACUGGAUGUCAGCAAUCCUUCGGAUACAACGAUGAUAAAACACAGAGUCGUUGAACAUCCUCAACUCGGAGAGGCCAGGUUUCACAAGCAUAGAGCAAAACUGCUCUCAUCGACGCGUUGUAGAUCCGACCUUUUACAGCCAGACUAACAUCACGAAGGCACCAACGACGGCCCAGAUUGGCAUAAGCCACUCUAUCUUUCGCUAUACGUGCGUUGAUUUCAUCACUCACGCCACCACCAGCACUUAUGCAGCUACUUAUAUACACGAACUCGACUACUUCUAUCUGCUCACCAUCCAGGGUGAGUACAGGAUUAGAAUCCGACAGAUCGCAGCCCCGAUGCAAUCAAGCAUGAAUUCUACCACCAGUUAACUGUUCUUCUCCAGAAAGUGCAUUCGACAGAUAUUGUAGUACUAGUCGGAGACUUGAAUGCUCAGGUCGGGCGUCUAGGCACAGAAGAGAGUCAUUUAGGUGGCCGAUGGGGACUUGUUGGUCGCAGGUCAGAUAACGGGGACCGUCUACUGCAACUGUGCACAGACCACAACCUGUUUCUGGCUAGCACUAACUUCUGGCACAGUCAUUGCCGAUGUGCCACCUGGCGUCCUCCCUCUGCAUCUCAAGCCUGGACUUAGAUUGAUCACAUAGCGAUCAGCUACCGCUGGCGUGGUUGUGUACAAGACUGCCGCUCCUUUUGGAGUACCUCUCUGGACUCUGAUCAUGCCCUUGUUUCCGCUAAUCUUACCUUACGUUUCAGCAGCCGAUAAAUAUAUCCCCCUAAAUAGAUCAAUAUCAGGAAAUUGGUUGCAGCUUCUGUUACAACUAAAUAUCAAACCGAGCUAGGUUUUAAGGCUAGCUACCAUUCCACCGAAAAGUAUAGAGAGGCAUUGGUUGCAAUUGCAUGAUAUAUUGUUCAUAUCUUCAUCCUCCGCCAAAUGUUAGAACACUGUCAUACUUAUCACAGGUAAACAAUCGUAGUGUUUCUUGACAUCAGGACUGCCUUCGAUUCGUUGGACAAGACUGUUUUCUGAGAUUGUUUAUUGAAGGGGGUGCCUGAGAAGCUCAUUAACAUUCUAAAUGCCUCAGGCAGAGUGAGGGCAUACAACCACCUUUCUCCAUUGUUCCAUUCAUGCAGCGGGGUUAGACAAGGUUGCCCAAUCUCACUUUGUUAUCGACGUUCUAGAAAUAGCUCUGAUGGAUAUAAAUAAUGGCGGUGUGAAUCUCUUGCCUGGAAAACGACUCUUCAACCUUGAGAGUGUGGAUAAUAUUGUCUUUCUGUGCGGUGAUAUCCAAGCUAUGCAGUCCGCAGUUAAUCAGUCGGCAGUUAGUGUCCGUAGGUAUAGCAUGUGGUUUACACCUAAGUGCAAAGUACUUUAACAAGACUAGUAGCACUCUCUGUGUUUUAUCAUCGUUGUAUCCGAAGGAUUGCUGACAUCCAGUGGCAACACCAUGUUAGUAAUGCAGAGGUAUGGCAUCGUGUAUUUGGGCGCAGAGACGAUAAUUCAAUUGGUGUCACCAUCUUGAAAUAUCGACUUCAGUGGCUUGGACAUGUUCUACGAAUGUCGUCUCAGAGAGUUCCACGUCGUGCAUUAUUUACCGUCACUGGGACUGGUUGGAAAAGGCGGGGAGGUGGUCAGUGUAUGACAUGGUGUCGUGGUAUGAAAGAAAGCCGCAUAGGACUGGCUUGUGCUGGUCCUUCACGACUCCUUGGUUGGUGUCCUAGAGAUGGUGCAACGCAGUGGCUAGAGACUUUGUCAGAUAUGGCUCAGAAUAGAAGCCAGUGGCGAUCCUGCUGUAACCUUCUUUUACUUUCUUCAUAAAAGGUGACCAUAACUUCUUCAACUGAAAAAAUUGUUUCUGGUUGUACCUUUCCGUUUCCCCCAUUAUUAUUAUUAUUAUUAUUAUUAUUAUUAUUAUUAUCAUUAUUAUUAUUAUUAUUUUUAUUACACUACCUUACACUAAUCUGUUCGCUAUUGUUUUUUUCUCUUUUAAUCCUCAUUGUUUUGUGUGGCGCAUAUAUAUUUGGUGCCAUCUUGUUCCAAUAUUUAUGUGUUCAAAUAAAUAAAUAUAUAAAUGGGGCAAUAGUAUGAUUUGUAGUUCUAAAAAGUUUGGAAAUAAAGGGAUUCUCCGAAAAGAAGGAAUGAAUUCUCUGAAUAAAAAGUAUGAAGUAAUGUUGAAACUUGGAAUAGAACAGAGAAAAAGAUGAAUACAUCUGUAUCACAUCAUCAACCGACUUUUCGUUUUCCCUGUGUACCCUACUACAUUCAGCAUUUAUCACUUAGUUGUCCCCACAUGCUACCAAUGCUUCGAAGAUAUCAGAUGUCCUCUACUUUCCACAGCCAUGUUUUCUAGCCAUAAUUUGAAACAGCCAAAUACUAUGUAGUAGAUGCGCUCCCUAAUUAGCAAACAAACGUUUUGUUUUGGAGAGCAUCCCUCGCAAAUUUCAUGCAAUUUUCCGGCACAUUUUUUUAACGAAAAUUCUAAGAAAUCUCCUGAUCGACAGAAUCAAAUCCUAUCUUAACUUCGAAGGAUACAACUGGUAUUUCUGUUUUCCAGAAUUCAACGAGGGUUGAAUAUUUGACUGGUACAUUCACAUCUAGUUCUGAAACUAGUUCGGUUUCUCUAAGUUUACUGUCCAUAAUCUAUCUUAAUUUCAGAUGAUUAUUGAGGCUAAUAUUUUAAAUACUAUAUGGGUCAGGGUGAUUCAUCCCUCGUUAUCCCAAGAGACUUCUAUUCCUUUUCUAAAAAUUCUGAAACGAUCAGCAAUUGAGGUCAGUUAGAUGAGGUUACGUUUAGCUUCCAAACUCUAGAAAAUACCUCGGUCAUCCUAACCACCAAGAUUUGACCAAUCCCCUCAGAGACCUCCUAAGUUAUUUCAUCAGAUCCUAUUACUCUAUCUCCUUCCUCAUGCUAGAUGUGCUCUUUCUAACUUCACUAAGAGUGUGGGAGACAUUUUUCGACCUCAUACUCAGGUUGUUUGGUGAGGAUGAGUAGCUUGAGAGUAACUGGAGGCUACUAAAACUUACUUAAGGUGUUCCUGUCAUAUAGGAUGACAUAGGUUCGUGGUUCGUAGAAAGUAUUACUAAUAACUGACUUUUUAACACCUAGGUCUAAGGUUUCCAACCAACUGCUUCCAACUACCUAAAAUCAAAUACACAAGUAUCUACGAAAAUGUUAGUAAACUCCACACCAUUGUACUUAGUCAAUUUUCGCAUAUGAGAAACUGCUAAAUUCAAGGAUAUAAGGUUUAAGUCAUGAAAUUAUAAGUGUUUUCAGAAUAUCUCGCGUGUAUUAGAGCAUUCUAAAGCGUAAAGAGAACAAGUAGGUAUGGUGAAUGAUCUUCGAAUGGCGUGGCCGAGAUAUGUUGCACACUCCUGCUCACCGUCCUUCAAAUAAAAUUAUCGUGGUCAAAGUUAAGCUUAGGAUUUAGGAAGGUGCUGGUUGGUUAGCCAAGACAAAAUCAUUUAAUAGUCCUUAAUUAAUCUGGGAUACAUAAAUAUAUAUUUACUCUUUGAUUGGUGUAAAAUGAAGGGAUUUUAUUUAGUUUUAAAAGAUUUUGUGAUGUACUUGAAAACCUAUUCCAAGGUAACUUUCAUCCCCACUUUUUUACUCUACCGCUUAGCUCACGCCAUUGUUGUUUCCACUUGCAUUAAUUCACUUUCUUUACUGUCACUGAAAUCAUCAUCUUGUUUGCUGGGUUUUAUUCUCCAGUUUAAGUUUUGUGUGAUUCCUGUCUAUCUUCUAAUGCAUUUAUUUCUGUUUCAAACACAUUCUUGGUCUUCUCAAAAAGCUGACUUAGUAUCUUGGUCCAAACUUUGGGCUUAUUUUAUUUAUUUUAUUUUAACACAUAGAUAUUGGUACAAGGAGGCACCAAAUACAUAUGCGCCACACAAAUCUCAUUCGAUAUGUGUGAGGGCUGUGAUACUGUCCGGGUGCCCAAACCGAAGCAGGUGGUUUUCUUAGUGGGCCACUCCCCGAGCCUUCGACCUGAAGGUCUGAUCCACAAGGCAGUGGAGCAUCGUAAGGAGAUGCAGUCCCAUGGAAGCCGGUGACCAACAAUUGGUUCAUACGCCUUUUGUUCCCGCAGGAUACUGGAGCCCAUGUGCACCAUUGGUUUGGAAUCCGGUUAAAGCGCCGGACAUUCACUUUUCGUCCUCUCAUUUUUGUAAACAACACCCCCGCCACGAGAAGGCAGUGAGUAGGACUUCCCUGGCAGAGGCUAUAUACGCGUGGCCAUGUGAGAGCAUUUCGAGAGGGAGAGCGGACUCUCCCCACUCUCGGCCAUACCAGGGCAUUUGGGGGCACUUUGGGCUACCCGUUUUAGUUUAAGCAAUCUAUUGUCUAUCGGUGUCGUUUCUCUUUAAUAACCCAUGCUUUCGCCUGAACUACAUAUGUAUGAAAGUAGUUAGCGGUGGGGGUCUUCCAACGAAAGCAUGAGUAUAUUUCUCACCAGUUCGUACUGUUCUACUUUACGACUUAUGAAACAUGGCCUUACUAGAUAAAGUUGGCAAUUUGGUUGGUGAGGUAGUGAACCUUCAUCGAUAGGUGGUUGGGACAUGUAUUACGUAUGUCAAACUAGCGCUUAACUAAACGGGUGACGUCUGGUGUAAGAGUAUAUUGGAAGAAAGCUAGGGACAGCCAAACCAAGACAUAGAGCCACCUAAUGAAAUCAUUGACGAUUAGAAUGAUUCGUGUAAAUAGUUGUAGACUGUCUAGCUAGGGUCUGCGCGAUUAUCGUAACUAAAGGUUAGAGGCAUUAAGCAACGUGGCUCAGGGCUGUUUUUUAUGGCGUAGAUGCAUUCUCACUUUAUCUCCGACCCGAUUCUGAGCUUUAAAGUUACCUUAUAUUUCCUUAUUUCAUGAAUUUUGUUUUCUUCCCGUUCAUAUUGUCUGCUUAAGCUUUUACAAUACGGCUAAUACUGUGAUAUGGGAUUCGUCUUAAUAAUUUUAUCCUCCUGUAUUAAUGUGGUGUGACAACCUGAACCAAUGAAAGUGUGUUCUGGUUCCUAUGUUGCCUAUAAUUUGCUUCGUAACCUUCGAAAGUAUUCAGUAUGUUUUAUCGUGGAACAUUCAUGCGUGUUCAUUUGGUAAUGAAUCUUUUGGGACAUUCUAUUAAUUAAAAUAAAUUUCAAAUAAAACUCAUUCAUUCCAGUUUGUUGACUUGAACAUAUUCUAAUGGCUGACUAUCUGAAGUCUGCAUUAAGCUAUUUCGCCACCUCAAACACUACUAAAAAUGAAAAUGAAUUUCUUGGCAGUAGUAUAUCUGUCGGGCAACUAAGUUUAAAAGUUAAGAGAAUCAUUGCUGAAGGUGGCUAUGGAAUAGUUUAUGAAGCUCAAGAUGUCAAUGAAAAUACAUCAUAUGCGUUAAAGCGUAUGCUCGCUCACGACAAACCUUCAAUGGAUUUAAUUCUUCAUGAAGUUCGUUUACUGAAGCAAUUAAACGGACAUCCAAACAUCCUUAAGUUUUUUAGUGCAGCAUCUGUUGGUAAAGAGAAAAUGAAGGUUAUUGGUACUGAGUUCUUAAUAGUCACAGAGUUUUGUAAAGGGGGUCAGUUGGAUAAAUAUUUACCGGCAUCAAAAUGUGAAAAUCCCCUGCCAUCGAACGUUAUCUUACAAAUAUUUCAUCAAUGUUGUCGUGGUGUACAACAUAUGCAUAGUCAAUGUCCACCUGUGAUACAUCGAGAUUUGAAAAUUGAAAAUCUAUUACUUACUGAUAAUUUUAUCAUAAAGUUAUGCGAUUUUGGCAGUGCAACUACAAUUACAUAUAGUCCAGAUCAAUCAUGGACUGCUUUAAAACGUGGAAGUGUUCAAGAAGAACUGGAGCGUUUCACAACACCAAUGUAUCGGGCUCCAGAAAUGCUUGAUCUUUACCAAAAUUAUCUUAUUGGUACUCCAUCGGAUAUUUGGGCUUUAGGUUGUAUAUUAUUUUAUUUAACAUGUACUUAUCAUCCAUUUGAGGAUUCAUCGAAAUUGGCUAUUCUCAAUGCUAAUUAUAGUAUACCGGCAUCAAUAAGUUCAGUGAAUGCACCAUUUUGCAGUUUAAUUCGACAAUUACUUCUCAUAAAUCCAUCUCAACGUCCUAACAUAAAUGAAAUUCUUGGUGAGUUAUCUGAAUUGGCGUCUAUGAGAGAAGUUCGAGUAAGUGGUUCUAUUCCUCUGUUGGAAGAAGUUGCUAAAAGACGUAAUGUAAACGUUACAGCUAAUCCUACAAGCCAGCCAAUCAAUCGUAAUGAUCCUAAAGUUAGUGAUUAUCAUCCGAGAUCAAUGCAUUCAGAAAAUAAUGUUGUUACAAAUCCACAACCGUCAUCUAAUAAACCAUCUAGACCCAAUCCUCCAACAUUGCCCUCACAACAAAAAUUAAAUCCAACAGUUAGUUUUAAUCCACCAUCAUCAUUGUCAUCAUCAUCAACAGUAGUCAUAACAACUCAAGCACCUACAGUUAAUCAAAUUUCAAGUAAUCAACAAUUAUCCAAUCAAUCUAUGAGUAAUAUGCUUGGUAUGAUUAAAGGAGGCGCUGGCAAUUUAAUUCGUAAUAUACGAGAUGCAUCAACUAAAGUUAUUGGGACUGUUUCUACCACGUUAAAUACAGAGCUUGAUUUCCAGUUUAUCACUUCACGUAUAGCAGUUACAUCUUUCCCCAUUGAAAGUGGAUUUGAAGUGCUUGCCAAUGUGAAUUCCAUGGAAGAAAUGCAAAAUAUGCUAGAUGCACGUUUUUCAGAUGCUUAUGCUGUUUAUAAUCUUAGUAAUCGUCCAUAUCGUUCAGAUCAUUGGUUUCAUGGUAGAGUAUCACAUCGUGGUUUCGAAGCACACCGUGCUCCAGCGCUAAAAUCAUUAAUUGAAUUAUGCUUAAAUGCAAGGUUAUGGUUAGCUCAAAAAUCGAACAAUAUUUGUGUUAUACAUUGUACCGAUGGUAAAACAUUGUCCGCAGUACUAGCAUGUUCCUUAUUAUGCUUUUGUCGGGUAUUUGAUAACGCGUCACCUGCAAUUCAAUUGUUUGCAUCGAAACGUGGCAAUCCUGGCUUGAAUGCAUCACAGAUUAGAUAUAUCAACUAUGUAGCUCAGUUAAGUCAUAAUCGUGUAUUUACACCUCAUCAUUUCCCAUUGAAUCUUAUCAGUUUGAUAAUUGCACCGGUACCAACAUUUAAUAAAUCCAAAAAUGGAUGUCGACCGUAUGUGGAAAUAUUUGAAGGAAAGACCAAAGUAUACUCAACUUACGCAGAAUACGAUAAUUUAAGAUCCUAUGUUCUUGAAGAUGGAAAGAUCCAAAUACUUUUGAAUGGAUUAACUGUCUUAGGUGAUCUUACAGUUAUCAUUUAUCAUUGUCGAUCUUCAUUUGCUGGACGUGGCAAGAUCAGUUCAGUGAAGAUCGCUCAGUUUCAAUUACACACUGGAUUUGUAGAACAUAAUUUAACAGAACUAAUUUAUUUUAAAUCCGAUUUAGAUCAUCUAGAUAAUAGUAGCAGCUUUGCCGGUUUCACUAGUCGUUAUGCUGAAAGUUUUCAUGUUACAUUGGAAUUUAUGGUUUCACCAACUGAAAGACCAAGACAAAGUGACAAUCUUGUUUAUCCGUGGGAAACUUUGCCAUCAAAUGAUCUACUUAGUCCUAAACUCUGUGUAUCAAAUCAUGAUGAACUGAAAAAUAUCUUAUCUGAUUACGGCCGUUUUAAUCAUAAACCAUCAACUCGAAUGUAUGAAAAAAAUAGUUUAGAACCUAAUCAGUCAAAUAAUCCAUCAGAAAAAGAUUGUAUAACCACUAAUAUUAAUAGCGAUGAAUCAUGUAAUUCAACAAACCAGUCCACUACAAAUUUGUUUACUACUACUCAUACCAUCGGUGGUAGUACGGUUAAUUUAAAACAAAAUACAGAAAUUAAUGAUAUUUUAGUCUCAGACUUAAUCAAUGAUAAUGACAUGCCAAAGAAUCAUAAUUAUACUUAUUCAUCAACUUCUUCUGAUCAUUCAAAACAGAUUAACUACAAUUUAUUAGGUGAUAAAUUCUGUGGGGAUUUUUUUUCGUCGUCCAAGAAUCAAGAUAAUAAUAUGGAGGCAAGUUCUGAUGACCUGCUUGGAUUCCAUGUGGGAUCUUCAUUUCCAAACACUGACAAUGCUACUACUUCUCCCACUUCUUCUAAUACUGAUGAUCAUAUUUUAAUUGAUGUAGCACAGAAUCCUUUCGUAAUUUAUAAUAAAAAUUCACUAGAUGAAAUUAUUACUUCAUCAACAACUAGUCAGCAUAGUAAUUCAGAUGAUUUGAAACAAACUGAUCAAAAAUCAUUUGUUGAUGAUUUAUUUAAUUUCAACUCAUCUGUUGAAGUCAAUUCAAAAACUGAUCUCGGUUGGGAGAAUUUAUUUGGUAUCACGUCAUCAGAAAGCACAAAGACCACUACUAUCAUCACCACUAGCCAAAGUACUACUACAAACAACAUUGGCUUAUCCAAUAAUCCUUUUGAUCCAUUUGGUAUAGCCACAUCAGAAUUAUCUGAUUUCUUUUCAGUACCAAAUUCUUAUAUAUCAAGUGAAAACAACUCGACUACUACCACUACUACCAUCCUUCCUGAUAAAACUACCGCUACUAACUAUUCUCCUCCUCCAACUACUAAUACUAAUACUACUACUAGCAAAGAUUACUUUGGACAACAAGGUGGUCAUUUAAGUGCCAGCGCCAGUGCUAAUAAUUUAAAUCCGCUUUUCGCAUCAGCUUCUUUUACAAAUUUGUCUCCUAACGUUGAAACUAUCCCAGACAAGACUACUAACACAGCAACUACUACUACUGGCAUCAAGAAUCAUGAUCGCCUAGAUCCAUUUGCAGAUUUUGCUGAUGUACUUCGAGAUCGAUUAAAUAAUCAAACUUCUUCCAGUACAAAUGCUACAAAUAGUGAUAAUACAUAUACCCCACCAUCAUCAAAUAGAUCAUCCACAAACUUGGGUGGUUUUUCUGCUGGUCCCAGUCCAGCACAUAAUUUUAAAUCUAGUAUCGACUCAAAGUUUAUGAACAACUCUUCAAAUUAUAAGGAAAGUCCUGAUAAUUUAUUCCAUGGUUAUGAAAAAUCUAGUCAAUCGUAUUCUUCCUACUCCAAUUUUCCUAAUACUACUACUUCUGGAUCUACAUCAAUACCAACUAGUGGAGGAACUGGUGCUAGACCUCAUGUUAAUAAAGAUGCAUUUUCUGAUUUACUCGGUGGAUUUGGUUCUUCUCGAACAAACAACACAGAUGAUAAUAAACAACCGAAAACAGUAAAUCAGAUUCGUCGUGAAAAGAUGGCUAAAACGGUCGAUCCAGAACAAUUGAAAGUCUGUGAUUGGGCUGAGGGUAAAGAUCGAAAUCUUCGAGCAUUAUUAUGUUCACUACCGGCCAUAUUAUGGGAUGGAGUACAAUGGAAUCAUGUUGGUAUGGCUGAUCUAAUAACGCGUGAACAAGUUAAACGUCAGUAUCGGAAAGCUGCUCGUGUAGUUCAUCCUGAUAAGUGGAUGAGUACAUCACACGAGAAUAUCGCACGUCUAGUAUUCGUUGAAUUAAAUGACGCUAUGGCUGAAUUUGACAAAAAUUUUAACAAUUCGUCAGUCAAUAUGAAUUUUUAACAUUUCUUUUGUUUUACCUCAUUUCAAGUAACAUUAUCUAUACGUUCUUGUAUUUCUUCUUUAUCCAACUGUGAAUUUUCCUAU